CGAUCAGCGCAUAGACCGAAAGGCAAGUAUUCGAAAAAGCGAAGUGAGAGAAAGUAGAGAGAGAGAGAGAGAGAGAGUGGUUUCGAGACGUUAACGGAUUUCACCGCUGCAAUUGGCCGGAAUUUAGGAACCCUGUUCACGUCCGGCUGCGAUUUCUCGUUCCUUCUCAACUAACUCGCUUGAAAAAAAUUAGGGGUUUUUUCUUUACCGGGUCCGAAUUGUGCCCUAGAGUUUGAAUUCGUUUCAGUUCGCCCCGUGGAUCUCCGCGAUCUGUGAUUUAGGGUUUUUGAUUCCGCGCCAUGUUUACGCCGCAGAGGAAAAUUUGGUCCGGCUGGCCGCUCUCGCCGGCCCAGAAGAAUGACGUUUCGGGUUCCGGUCCGGACCCUAAGGGCAAAAGCGUGGCCUUUCUUGACUCCACGCCGCCGCCUCCGGUGGGGUUUCUGGGCCAAAACGGUGGGACGGAGGAGUCGCCGGCCCCGGUGGUUGACAAGAUUUCAAAGCUUGAAAACGAGCUUUUUGACUACCAGUACAAUAUGGGCAUGCUUUUGAUUGAGAAAAAAGAAUGGACUACAAAGUAUGAAGAGAUGAAGCAAGCUCUACAAGAUGCAACAGACACACUUAAACGAGAACAAGCGGCACAUUUGAUUGCACUAACUGAGGUUGAGAAGCGAGAAGAGAGUUUGAGGAAGGCUUUGGGUGUAGAGAAGCAAUGUGCCCUUGAUCUAGAGAAGUCUUUGAGGGCAAUGCAUUCACAAUAUGCAGAAAUCAAGUUUACAGCUGAUUCAAAGUUGGCUGAAGCUAAUGCACUCAUGGCUUCUAUUGAAGAGAAAUCUUUGGAGGUGGAAGCCAAAGUGCAUGCUGCUGAUGCCAAGCUUGCUGAGGUGAGCAGAAAGAGUUCAGAGCUUGAGAGAAAAUCACAUGAGGUGGAGGCUAGAGAAAAUACAAUUCGAAGGGAACGUCUAUCUUUUAAUGCAGAGCGCGAGGCUCGUGAAAGUUCUUUAGUUAAACAGAGAGAAGACUUGCGUGAUUGGGAAAAGAAAUUAAAAGAGGGAGAAGAGAGGCUUGAUGAAGUUCGAAGGCUGCUCAACCAAAGAGAGGAGAGGGCAAAUGAAACGGACAUGAUCUUUAAGCAGAAACAGAAUGACUUUGAACAGGCACAGAAGAGUAUUGAUGAAGCUAAUUCCACUUUGAAAAGUAAAGAAGAGGAGAUAAGCCAGAGGCUUGAUAACCUAGCUGUUAAAGAGAAGGCGACCAAUGCCAUGCGAAAUAGCUUAGAGGUAAAAGAGAAGGAAUUAGUUGCGUUGGAGGAAAAGCUUGACGCAAGGGAAAGAGUUGAGAUUCAGAAACUUCUUGAUGAACACAAGUCUGUCCUUGAUUCAAAGAAACGCGAAUUUGAAAUGGAAAUGGAACAGAAGAGGACAGCUUUUGACGAGGACUUGAAAAGCAGGGCAGUUGAAGUGGAGAAGAAAGAAGCUGAAGUGAACCACCUAGAAGAGAAGGUUGCAAAACGCGAACAGGCAUAUGAAAAGAGACUGGAUAAAUUCAAGGAGAAAGAAAAGGAUUUCGAAUCAAGGUCAAAAGCUCUGAAGGAAAGGGAGAAGACCAUCAAAAUCGAUGAGAAAAAGUUGGAGAAAGAAAGGAAAGAGAUGCUUGUUGAUAGGGAGAACAUGCUUAAUCUCAAGGCAGAGCUUGAGAAGGUAAGGGCUGAGAUUGAAGAACAACAAUCGAAGCUCAAGGAAGAGAGGGAACGCCUUCAAGUAACUGAAGAAGAGAGGUCAGAACAUUUGCACCUUCAGUCGGAACUAAAGCUGGAGAUAGAUAAGUGUAGACAGCAAAGGGAGCUGCUUUUGAAGGAAGGUGAGGAAUUGAAGCAGGAAAGAGAGAAGUUUGAGAAAGAGUGGGAAGAGCUGGAUGAAAAAAGAUCUAGGAUUAAUAAGGAGCUAGAGGAGGUGAUUGAACAAAAGGAAAAUAUAGAAAAGACGAAAAGAUUAGAAGAGGAGAGGUUAGAGAAUGAGAAGUGGGCUACACAGGACUAUGUUCAGAGGGAAUUGGAAGCUCUCAAACUGGCUAAAGACUCGUUUGCGGCUAGCAUGGAGCAUGAGAAAGCAAUGAUGGAUGAGAAAAUCCAAAUUGAGAAAGCCCAAAUGCUUAAUGAUUUUGAGCUGCAAAAAAGAGAACUCGAGACUGAAAUGCGGAAGAGGCAGGAGGAGCUGGAGAACAGUCUGGCUGAAAGGGAGAAGUCGUUUGUUGAUGAAAGAGAGAGGGAAAUGAACAAUAUUAAUUACUUGAGGGAAGUCGCCCAAAGGGAGAUGGAAGAAAUGAAAGUAGAAAGACUGAGGAUCGAAAAGGAGAAAGAGGAAACUGCUGCAAACCAGAAGCAUCUCGUAGGGCAGCAGCUUGAAAUGCGAAAAGACAUUGACGACCUUGUUCAUCUUAGCAGGAAGUUGAAGGACCAGAGGGAACAAUUCUUCCGUGAAAGAGAACGAUUCAUUGAAUUUGUUGAGAGACACAAGGAUUGCCAAACCUGUGGGGAGAUUACUCGUGAGUUUGUAGCUUCUGAUCUUCAUCAAUCUUUACCUAUAAUAGACAAUGUGGAGCCACUUUCUUUGCCCAGACUAAGUGAUGGUUAUUUGAAGGACGGUAUUGCAGUUACUUCUCAUCAGAGGCUAAACAAUGAGAUGUCCCCUGGUUCUGGUUCUGGAACCAUGUCCUGGCUUCGGAAAUGCACCACGAAGAUAUUUAGUUUCUCUCCAGGCAAAAAGGGUGAAGUCAAUGGUUCUCUAAAUCUGAUAGAAUCACCUACUGAUAUUAGUUUGAGGGAACAGCCAAUACGGUUAUUGAGCAAUGAAAAUGAACCAGAAUCCUUUGGGAUUGCAACCAACUCUUUGGAUGGUCAGGGGGUUCAAUCUGGUGAUGAUCAGAGCAACAUCAACAGUAAUGCACAAGAAAUUGUGGAAAAUUCACAGCACUCUGAUCUCAAAGAGGGAAAGCGUAAACCGGGUAGGCGAGGUAGGCUUAGGGUGAAGGAGGUUGUUGAAGAAGCCAAGUCAGUACUUGGGGAUGCCUUAGAUCAGAAUGGUAGUGCUGAGAAUUCUGCAUUUUUGAACGAGGAAGGAAAACCUGGAAAUAGGCGGAAGCGGAAUCGUGCUCAUAGCUCUCAAAACACGGCAAGUGAGCAGGAUUACAGUGAAGGACAUUCUGGUAGUGUCACUGCAGGCGGUGGUCGCAAGAGGAGACAAAAGGUUGCUCAAGUGGUACAAAAUCCUGGUGAAGUACGAUACAAUCUCCGGCGGCCCAGAAUUCCGGUGGCAGUGGCAACCAAUGGAGCGUUAUCUGACCUGAGCAAAGGAAAGGAAAGAGAUGGUGAUGAUGGCGGAGGUGCAGGGGAUGAAGUUUCCAAUUCAAAAGCUGUGGUUGCAACUUCGACAGAGGUUGCUAGUGUAAAUGGUGGAAGUGCACACCUCUUGCAGUUUGAAACCACAGCAGGUGCUGAGGAUGGCAUAGUUGAUAAUAUGGUACUGAGUGAAGAAGAGGUGAAUGGGACUCCGGAACGUACGCCGGUAGAAUCCAAUGGCAUGGACAACGAUGACGAUGAGGAGGAGGACGAUGAAGAGUUUGAGCAUCCUGGUGAAGUCUCGAUCGGAAAGAGGCUUUUGAAAUUUCUCACGACAUGAUUUUAUAAACCCCAUCGCGCCUUGGCCCUGAGCUGCAUUUUAUUCUUCAGAUACUGGUAGGGAUCCUUGAUUUGUAGCUGUGUGUAUUAAUCAGAAAACGUAGUUAUAACCACGGUGAUCCAAUUCAAGGGAAUUGGAUCUUGUGCCCCCCUUUUUUUGUUGGAUUUAUUUUUCGUUAGGGUACGGUGGCUGUUUAUUGUUUCACAACAGUCCUAGAGAAUUCAGAUUGGCUUUUCAGUCGCAACUUGUUGUAUCAAAUGGUUGUACUGUUCUUCGUAUUAGGAUGAUUGUUUGCAGUCCGUCAAACUCAA